GGUGCCAACAGUUGUCCUGCCCCUCGAUGAAGAAGCAGUAGAGAGACUGAGAAGGGGGCAGCUGGUUGCUUUCCCCCCCAGUACCGCUCCUUGCUGUCUUCAGUGGACUCCUUUGCCGUGCUGCCAGCAGGGACCCCCAGUGGAGCCAUCAGGCACAGGGGGGUCCCCAGCAGCCGUCAUGGCCAGCGGCAGAGAUUCGGACAGCGAGCCGGCGGUGCCCGAGGAGGAGGAGGCGGAGGGCCCGGACGUGAGGGCCGUGCAGGCCCACUACCUGCGCAGCCCCUCGCCCAGCCGGUAUUCAGUGAUAUCAGACACUGAUACAGAGAGCAUCCUCAUGGAGCCAAUCCAUCUGUCAUCUGCUGUGGCUGCCAAACAAAUCAUCAGUGAAGAGCUGAAGACAAAGGACGUCAGGGUGGACUCGGUGUGUCCCAGGAUGUUGGAGUCGGCGCAGCAGCUGAUGGUGGAAGACCUGUACAACCGAGUUAAGGAAAAGAUUGAUGACACCAGCUUGUUUAACACGCCGUGUGUGAUGGACUUGCAGAGGGCACUUGUGAAGGACAGGCUGGAGACCCCCAGGGACGCUGUGGAUGAAGUCUGGCCUAAUGUCUUCAUAGCAGAAAAAAGCGUUGCAGUGAACAAAAGCCGUUUGAAGAGACUGGGGAUCACCCAUGUCCUGAAUGCAGCUCAUGGCACAGGUGUCUAUACAGGGCCCAGUUUCUACAAUGGUCUGAAUAUCCAGUACCUGGGCAUUGAAGUGGAUGAUUUUCCAGAUACAGAUAUCUCCAAACACUUCCGCCCAGCUGCAGAGUUCCUUGACGAAGCCCUGCUGACUUACAGAGGCAGAAUCCUUGUCAGCAGUGAGAUGGGGAUCAGCCGCUCCGCUGUGCUGGUGGCUGCCUACCUGAUGAUCUACCACCACAUGACCAUUCUGGAGGCUCUGAUGACGCUGAGGAAGAAACGCGCCAUCUACCCCAACGACGGCUUCCUGAAGCAGCUGCGGGAGCUCAAUGAGCAGCUCUUGGAGGAGCGAGAGCUGGAGCGAGCUGGAGAUGAGGACGUGACUCCAAGCCAAAGCCCUCUGGCCUAUGCAGGGACUUCUUCACGGCUGUCUGGAGCUGGGGACUCAGGGAGCAUCAAGGGAGCCAAAGCUCACUCCAUCACAGUAGAAGAAGAGGACACCAGCAGCAUUCUGGGUAGUUUUAUGAGCUCUUCAUCCGUGGAAAAAACUAGCUGGGUUUCCAAACACUCCACCCUGAUCACUGAGGAGGAAGAGGAACAAUUGUAUGAGGAAUGGAGGAGGAAACAAGGCCUAUCUACAAAGGAAGCAGGAGUUCACCAUGAAAGAACAUCUCCAAAGCAUCUGGAUCAGGAAGAGGAACAAUCUGAUGAGGAUGUGGAACGGAGGAUCCAUGACUGGCAGCGCAGAAAUGAGAAAUACCAGAUGUCAGGUACAGCCAGGGAGGAGGAUGGUGAAUGCAGCAUGGGAGGAAGACCCUACCCAUCAGGUGAAUUUAGUGAUGUUGAGAGUGUGAGCAGUUUUGAGAUCCGAACCCUAAAAAAGCAGCUGGAAGCCAGUAGCUUUAGCAGGAUGAGGAGGAGUCGCACAGACUCUACAUCUUCUGAGAGCACCUGGGACAUGUGGAAUCAGAGGCUUCUGGAGAUUGAGAAAGAAGCUGCUCAGAGGUAUCAUUCUAGGAAUAAAACCUGUGGGGAGAGACAAUCCCCAGAAACGGGAAGAAAGGAGAGGGAUGUGGAUGAGGAGAGUGUGUUUUCAGACUCCUCCUGUAGCUCCUUCUACAAUUUCUGCCAAAAGAACAAGGACAAGUUGACUCCUCUAGAAAGGUGGAAGGUCAAGAGGAUCCAGUUUGGCUUUCACAAGAAGGAUUUAGAACCAUCAUCUGCACCAUCUCCAACAGAGGAUGGCAGCCAGGCAGGUCAGGAGGAAACAGAAGGGAAGAGUUUGUCAGAUAUUGAUCUGACUGCUUACCAGGCUUGGAAAAUGAAGCGGCAGAAGAAGGUGGGCAGUGAAAGCAGCAAGGAGGAAUUUGUGGAAUUUGCCAAAACUGAGGAUUCUGCUUCAGCUAAAAAGAAGCAGAGGCGUAUAGAGCUCCUUGAACGUUCAAAGAAAAUUUUAGAAGAAAGCCAGUCCAUGUGCAGCUGGGAGACAGAGAGUACAAUGAGUGGGAGUAUUCCCCUCUCAGCUUUCUGGUCUUCAGCGCCUUCUGCAAACGGUGCUGACGAUGCAGCUUCUGCCCUGAGCAUGCAGACAAAUCAUUCAUCUUUGUCACAGGCCAGGAGUUGUGCUGGAGCAAUGCAGAUGCCAAAUAUACCCCUUCCCAAUCUCACAGUUGGCCCAGGUGACACGAUAUCCAUGGCAAGCAUUCAGAACUGGAUCGCUAACGUGGUCAGUGAAACCAUUGCUCAAAAGCAAAAUGAGAUCCUGAUGCUGUCCCGGCCAUCGUCCGCCAUGGCCUCCCUGUCAGGAGACCUUGGCAGGCGUGCCGAUGAUGACAAGGUUUCUCUUCUCAGUGCUCAGAGUGGCUCAUCCCUCGCUGCCUCCCAGCUCCACCAGCAGGACCUGCGCAGGGCUGAGUCUCAGUCUGUGCUGUCUUGCAACACCUCCGUGAGCGCAAGGACAGAAGGGACUACUUCAAACUUGAAGACCCAGACAAGCAAACCACUGUACAGCCUCUUUGCUGAUGAUGUUGACCUAAAGAAGCUAAGGAGGAAGGAGAAGGAGAUGCAAAUGGAAAUGAGAGAAAAAAUGUCAGACUAUCAAAUUGAAAAGGUGAUUAGAGACAAUAAACGCAGCACUUUAUUCAAAAAAAAGGUGACCAAAGCAGAGGAAAAUGAAACAGAAGAUGACAGAGAGAGUACAACAAACAGCCACAGGCGUCCCUUGCAAGCAGAUUUUGACAGAACUGAUGCAGUCUUUGAUCUGUCCAGUCAACCUGGAACUUCAGGUGCACCAAAAUCAGAGGUAGAUACUGAUAUUACCAAGUGGCUGAACGGCCUCAAAGCAGAAAGAGAACCACCGUCAUAUUAUGAUCAGACUGAGAACGCUAGAGAGAAAUAUAGCAGAUCAUCCAGAGUUAGACAGAUGGAUUCUGAGACAUCCAGUUACAGAUUCUGCAGAUCCCAAAGAAAAGAGCUAGAUAGCUGUUCUUCCUACGAGUCAACAGGAGAUUCACUGAGAACCAUGUCAAGAUUUUCCUCUGCUUCUGCAAAAGAGGACAAAAAGAUGUACAAGUUCACAAGGUCCAGGGUCAGUGAGACAAGUUCCAGAGGAAACAGCCCAGAGCUGCAUGUUUUCAACCUGUCACCUGAACCACCCUUUGACUCUGAAUCCCCUGAACCAUCUACACAGAGCCGAGUUAGAGCUCAUCAUGUGGAGGCAUGUGAAGAGGAGGCCAGGUCAGACGUGUCAGAAUGUGGAGCAAAGAGAAAGUUCACCCAGAGCUUUUCAAAGUCUGAAGAGGAUGGGAAGAAAGAGGCAAAAGUGGAGCAAAGUGAAGAAAGGUUUGCAUCUAGGCAGGUCUCUCAGUACAGGCGAAGCACACGUAAAGAAGAGGAAGAGGAGAUGGAUGAUGAUGCCAUUAUUGCUGCUUGGAGAAGCCGACUAGAAGAAACUACAGCAAAGCUCCAGCGGAGAAGGGAAGAGUGACCAAGAUCAGACUACAGGAACACAAGCAGAGCCACACAGUCCCUGAAUCACUCAUCAUUAUACUUUUGAUAAUCCUUUGUGGUUUGUAGGGCAUUUCCUGCAGCUAGUUCUCUUCUUAAUCAAAAGCAAUGAAGGGAAGAGGUCAAGUUCUGCAAGUGUUUGUGGUUUGUCAGAAAGAAGAUGCUGGUAUUAAAUGAUCAAUGUAGGUAGGAACACAAUGUUAGAAGCCAUUAGGAGCCAGACGAUGUUUCAGCAGCAAAAGCAGGUAACGGUGACACCUCAAGUCAAAAGACCAAUCACAUCCCAUUUUGGUUAUUUCAAUUUCCUAGUGUCGUUAAAGACUGGACAUGUUUUUUCUAGGAUCUUUUUGAUCAUAAAUGGAAGAAGCCAACAGCCUUUUCUAGGAACUUAAAGACUGUUUUUCUCUUAAUCAGUUUUACUUUAUACAACUGAGAAGAUAUUACCAGGUAGGCUCCAUUUUCUGCACCAGCCUUACAAAUGUCUAGAGAAAUAAGACAGUUCAGGGGAAUACGUGUUCUGUUUUACUUUACUAAGUAGCAGAAGCAAAAUGGAAUGCUAGAAAAAAGAAGAUGCCUCCUGUUUAAAAGUUCAGUGCAGUAAUGAAUGUAUUCAUUGUUUUCUAUUAGAUGGAGUCAUCUCUGCUCCAGUAUGGUUGGUUCCUCCAAAUAACUUAAGGUCAACAAAGGAAAAAUGCAGUAAUAUUAACAGCCAUCCAAAAAUAAUUUUUGAUGUAGUUAAAGAGAUAGAGUUAGGAUUAGUGUUAGUGUAGGCUGGGUUUCUGAGUAUUGACUUCACUUUGGCUAAUGUAUGCAGCUCAGCUAAGUUGGUGCUUUUGUGUUUAUAGCCAUUAAUUUUCAACAUGAUUACCUUGAAAGAAAGGAGCAAUACACAAACUGACCUCAUAAUAAAAUUAUUUAAUUAGACCAUAGGUGUAAGGUAUCGUGCACCUAAGGAGAAAUUGUGUCUGUGAAGGUGGCACCUGGAAGCUUGUUUUUAGGAGGCAGUGGUAGGUUCAAAUGGCAUCUUACAGCUAAAGUGUUCUUUGUAUCCUGAGCUACACAGGAAGAAGCCCAGCCUCCAUGGUAACUGAGUACUCCAGGUUAAGAGCCUUGGGUCUUUCCAUGCCCUGCAGAGCCUUGUGAGCUUGUGUGACACAACCCACCAGCUUGCCACAGCAUCACUUGUGUGUCUUUGCACACCACAGCACCCAACCCUCACCUGUCAACAUCCUCCACCUCUCUCUUACAAGCACAUAGGGCAGUUUCUACUGACUUUGACUCUGGAAUUAUCAGUCCCCUCUUCUGUACAGACUGUAUUUUGAACCAACAAAGCCCUCUGGCAGAGCUGAAUCUAAAACAACAAUGGAGGGAUGAUGCAGUAGUGCUCUCUCACAGGAAGUUUGUCUUUUUCUUGUAAUCUCUUCUCCCUCCCACUGUGAUGCUUAGAGCUCACCAUUACCAUUAUGCUAGUACCUCUCCCUAUUUUAAUUGUGUAAUACAGACAGCAAGCUCCACAGGGCAAGGGCCUGCUCUUUGUCCCUGUCUGUAUGGAGCUACACACAUCAGCAAUGCUAUCUAAAUAAUGGUUACUGAUAACAAAAUGCAGCUGGCAAUUUUCCUAAACUUAGAAUCAUUUCUCUCAACUAUAACUCACUGAUCAGACAUUAUCCCUGCUUUUCUGAAGAUAAAGAUGAUUUUUUCUGACAGCCAGGACUGGGGUAAAUGAUAGCUACUUAUUGUCAGGUGAAUGGAAUCUCACAAUCAGGUGAUUAACCAGUAACAAAGGUAGAAAAAAUAAGAGAAAUCACUUACUUGUGUGAGUUGUUUCGGGGUUUAGGUUUUUUUUCUUUUUUAGUAAACUCAGAUUACAUUUCUGAAAUACAUAAGGAACAUGGUUGUGUUUAUGUUUCAGGCAUGCAGAGAUACUCUAUGGUUUAUAAUGCUCUUCUGCUAUAAAAUAAUAUAUAAUACAAUGCAUCCCUUGUUUCUGCAUAUUUCUGUGAGUUGUUAUUUUUAAAGUAGUGAAAUUUCAGGCCUUGGGCCACAUUCUGAGAAUUUAUAUUGAAUUUCUGCAGUGCGUGUUAGGAUAGGCAUUUCCCUAUUUCCUUCAUCCCUGGUAAAGUUGCUCCGCAGAAAACAGCUCUGCAUAGACAUAUUUGGAGCUUGCUUUAAUUUCAUCCUAGAAAAGGUCUUAAGUUUUGAUGGAUCAAAGUGGAAGUGUGCAAUACCUUCUGGCACUGAAUUUACUUUUUUAUCAAAGGCUGAUUUCCUCUGAAAAAUCCCUCUCCUGCUUCCUGUGCCUGGAUGUUCCCAGCAGACAAGCCUGUCCUCUGCAGUACUGCAGGGGGCAUCUCGCGCUGUAAAAGACGAGCAGUAGAUGAUGUAGUAAUUGGUUUCAUUUUGCACUGUACAGCACAGCCUUUGUUUGGGCAGCAUUUUGAUUUAAACACUAAUCUAGGUCUGCUGCACAAAUAAAUUAUUCAAGACCGAGGGGCAGAAUAUGGUUCUGUAACAAGUCUGAGCCAGACCGUCCUGAUAGCGAGUUUUGACCCUUGUGAGAAAGGGUUAAGUGGGUUCUGCUGACUCAUUGAGGUAGGUGGCUUAUUAGUUCACUUGUGUAAAAGGGAGAUAAAAAUGGUUUGCUGGGGAGAGGCCAUCUAAGAUGCUGGCUGAGCAGCCAUAAGGGAGAAGCCUUAGAAGUAGCUGAACUUUAUUUUCUUAUUGCUUAUAUCCUUGUUAAUAAAGCCAAACCCCCAAAGCAAUAAGGGGGUGGGGAUCAUUUUGGACUCCAUGCAGUAUAUGGCCAGUGCUUGAAAGCAAGAUGGGAAAGGCUCCAGCUCACAGGUAUAAAUUACAUGAAACAGUGACAUAAAGACCUUGCAUGGUGAAAAUAUUAAAGCAUUCAGUCAUAAGACCAAUAACCAGGAGAGACAGAAAUGGAGGGGUUGAAGGCAGGCUAGAAAGUCAGGUUUUAAGAUGAGAAUUUAGAAGGAGAUAAGGAAUUGCUGAAAGGGGAGAGGUCUGCACAGAUUGUUUCAGGUGACCAGAGCUGCAGAGUGAAUGGUUUUUCAGCAAUGACACCAGUCUGACAGUAGAUUAAAAGAGUAAAUAAGUACCCAAAUUUAUCUAGGAAGGAUUUUUCAGCAAAGAUGUGCUGGGACUGAUAUAUUUUUUUUCCCUCUCAGUUUGCUGCUGUAGGGAGGAGGGGUUUUUUGGCAUUGUAUAGUGGAAGGUGAAAGUGAAAGGAGCAUCCAUACGGUCAGUUAAGAAUAUAAACACAAGAACAUAAGAAAGGCUAUGUGGGGUCAGACCAAAGGUCCAUCUGGCUCAAUAUCCUGUCUCUGAUAGAGAACAACAGCGAAUACCUAGGGAAGAAUAUAUACAGUGAUAAAAGUGUUAUUUCCCCAGCAUGAUCUUCCAGCUUCUAAUCAUUAGCAACUCAAGGACUUCCUAAGCCAGGUGUGAUAUUUUUGUAUUUAAUAGCCCUUAAUAGGUUUUCCUUCUAUGGAAGUGCCUAGUAAUUUUUGAGUUAUAACCACUAUAGCCUCGUACCCGCUAGCCUCUGUGUCCUCUUGUGUCCCACAAGUUACUGCACACAAAAUGCUAAGCCAUCUUCUUUCUGCCUCUUCUGAGCCCUCUGCCCACUAGCCUUCAAUUCCAACACAGUAUCUGUUUAGUAUUUACAUGUCCCACGAGAUUCUACUCCCCCCCUGCAGUCGUUCUGUCCCAUCCUUAAUUCCCUGGUUUUUCACCUGAGUUACUUAUUCCUUAUAUAAGGGCUGCCCCAUGUCUCUUCAUUGUCCUGGCCAAUCUUCUCUGAUCCCUUUCUAGUUCUGCUUUGUCAUGUUUGAGAUGAGGGACCAAAUCCUCACACAGUAUCCAGGGUGCAGGUGUGGCAGGGAUUUAUGCUUUUUUUUCUCUUUUCUAUCCCUUCCCUAUUGUCUGCUAACAGUCUGCAUGUUUCUUUGGCUGUCGCUGAGCACCAGAGUGAUGUUUUCAUAGAACUAUUUAUUGUGUACACCAAAUUUUGUUGGAUGGCAAUGGUCACCUCUGAGAUCAUCAUUUUAUAUGUUAAGUUUUCUUAUUUGUAAUGUUUUACAUUUAUUAGCCUUGAAUUUCAUCUGCCAUCUUCUCAGUCUCUCUGUUGCAUUAAGUCCUUCUGCAUUUUUCCACAGCCAUCCUCCCAUUUCUACUGCUCUGUUUCCUUAAUGUCCUUUGAGCAAGGUAGAAACUCAGAGGACGUGGGAAGCAGAGAAGUUAAGGAGGGAUAGAUGAGAGAGAAACCCAUUUGAUGUUGAUCCGCUUGAAGUAAGAAAUAAGAAAGUGAUGAAAGUCAGAGAGCUGGGAGAUAAAUGUUCAAAAAGAGAUCUGAAGACAAUAGGCAAAUUGAGAAGGGAACCUACAGUGGUCAGAGACAGGAAGAUACAAAUGUAAGCCAAAGAGGCCAGUGCAAAAUAUUAAUUUGUUUAGAUGUAUCAAUGUCUGGGAAAAGGUUAGGGGCAACAUCUGUGGGAAGAAAGGAGAUAUAAAGGAGUUAAAAGUCUGUGAGAAAUGUGAAGGGGACUGGGAGAAAUGGAAAGAGUGAGAGACAUUGGUGGGACACCGAUGAUAAAAUGACAUCGGUGCUGGAUUGGGAAUUCAGUGUGGUACAAGGAAGUUUGAAGGAAACGGAAAUGUGCCAGAAAUAUGUUAUUCCUACUGUAAGAGCUGCAUUUUGCAUUGUAAUACUGAUAGCUGUGGGGCCAUGGCCCAUUUCCCCCAUCUAGGAAUUUCAGGACAAUGUGAUUUAUUGUGUUCAGCACUAGCUUAGACUGGAUAAUUUUAAAAGGAGUUUAGCACCAUUUCCUUCCUUUACAGCUCCUUGAGAAAUGCUUACACAUUAGCUGUGGUGGAGAGCUAGGUGAAUUAUGAGAGAAAAAGUUUUAUUUGGGGAGGCUGUGUUGCAUUGCCUGCCUCUCCUUAAAGGGUGUAGCUGGAAUACAUUCAAUAUAGACAUUAUAAUGUGAAAACACAACAUCCAUGACCUUCCUAAAUUUAUAGACAAUCCAACAAAGGUACUGAAAGCAUGUGAUUAAUAUAGUCUAGGGCUUGGAAACAGACACUGCAUACUCAUGUAAUCCAGCAAAAUCUCUUUGAGAGCUACCUACCUAUUCUCUGGAAUUUCACUUGUCAUGUAGAAAAAUGAAAGUGGGUCUGAUCUCUGGCUGUUCUAAUUGUGAAGACAUCUUCCAGAAUGGGAAGUGUGUGCAAAAAAUAAACUGUUCUCUAGAGAGGUGAGAGCAUAGGUCUAAAUGGUGCGUGAAUUGCCCCAGUCAUUUCAGCAAGGUUCUAACUUAUUUGCCCAGAAGUAAUAAUUUAAAUGCCAAUAAUAUUUUUCACCCUGUACUUCAUGUAAUAAAUUGAAAAAGGUUCAAAGUGCAUGUAUUUAGCUUGUGUAUUGCCAAUACCAGCAUAAUCUGCUUGAAUGAGCACCCUGUCAUUGUGGUCGGUUUUGUUGUUUUCUGGUUUGUUUUUUUUUCCUUUUGCUUAGGCUGCCUUUUGUUCUUUGGUACAUUUCAACAUAUUCAGGAGCUGAUUUCUGUUGUUUCUAGCUAUCCUCCUGUUACAACCACUCAGUAGCUUCUGAGCUUGGUGUUUUCAUGUGACUGCUGUACCUCUGCCACAGGCUGCACACACACACAAAAACACAGAGAUAUAAAGAGAAAACAUUAUUUGUGACUUAUAAAAGCAGGCAACAAUAUGAAUUCAGUUCUUCCCAGGACUAUCCAAGUGUGGUGAUGUGAAAACUGUCUUAGAGAGCUGGAGAAGGGACAUCCUGUUUGUGCUUUGAACCUUCCCCUCUGGAUUGCAUUUCAUUUUUAUUUGCAUGUAUCUUUAAAACAGACAAUUUUAAUCCUUAGACAAGAGCAUAACUGCUUCCACAUCUGAUUCAUAUCUGCAGGUAGACUGGUUUGCUUUUAGUUAAGAUCUGUGUGCCCAGGAGGACACAAAUGUGUGUAAUAGAAAACUAGCUUAAUUGUUAGCUAUGAAGAGAACAUUGUCUCUACAUAAUCAAUCAAUCAAUCAAUCAAUCAAUCACUUAUUUUUUUCCAGUGCACCCUUCAUGCCAACAUGCCUGAGUGCUUUAUGGUCAUUAAAUUAAAUCAAAGAACACACCACAGAAUGGACAAGGCCAGAUCAAUAAAUCUUAAAACCUGAUUCAAAGUUACCAAGGACUCUGCACAAGUAACCAUGACAGGAAGGAUGACUCCAGUCAGGAGAGCAUGUGUGUGGGCAUAAAACUGAAACAAGACUUAGGUGAUACUAAUUAGAAGACAGAAACAUUUAAAGGAACUGUAAUUUUUAUAGCAUCACCCAGCUGCCCACAGCAUCAACCUGCAGCUUCAUGCUUUAAGGGUAUUUUCAGAUGUAUGAGUGAUAUAAGAAAAUAACAUGGCAGCAAGAACUUUUUACAAUUUUUACAGCUGUAUGCUUCAGGGCACCUCUUGCCUAAUUUUAAAGAUUUGCCUAUUUGUGAUCUCUCCAUUUGAUUAUUGAAGGGCACCAUAUUAAAGAAAGAUGCAGUAAACACCAGCUGGCAAUAACCACAGUAUGACUGCUCUGUCUUCAUGGAGCAUCCCAGCAAUUUCAUCUUUGAAAUGACUCCAUGCUGAACUCAGAUCCAGUCAGAAGUCAUCCAUUAGUUGGGCAGAACAUUUCUCCCUCCUUGCUUGAGAGGAGAGCUUUAUGAAACUGCAAUACCUUUUAUGAAACUGCCAAUUAAUGGGGAGCUUUGUACAUUUUGCUCAUAGAAAUAUCCCAGUAGCUGUCACAACCUAUGGAGGUUCAUUCCCAAAGCACAUAAAAUGACCACAGGCCUAACUAUGUUCAAAACUAAAAGCAAACCCCAGUUCUUCAACUUAAACUUCCCUCCCUCAAUAAUGUCGAGGCAUGUGCUCCUCAGUCUGUGAAUUGGAUCAAAAAUAUUGCCUAGAGGCACAGGGUCAGAGGAGAUUCCACUUAUGAAAAACAGGAGGCCCUCAAAAGGGUGCAACCUCAGUUGCUGAACAGACACCACAAAUAGGAUGGAUAAAAGCCCACAUGAGACUGGUAUGUGAGCAAGCAGAAGCUGACAGUUGCCCCUCAGGAAUAGAGUAUAAAGCUUUCAGUUCUGCAGGAGAUGUGAUCUGAAAGUCUGCUUCCUGGAAGCAAUCGCACCUGAACUGUUGCAUGGUGCUGCAGUUGCAUAAUUUAAUAGUUGUCAUGUUUCAUUCCAAGGUGAGUGUUCUUGGUGGUAGUGUACAUAAAAAAUUUGUAUGUCAUUAGGGAUAAAAGGGUCUAUGGCAGACAAGGUCAGAUAUUAUCCUCAUGAGUGGUAGAAGAGGUCCAUAUUAAAACAAAGAGGGUGUUUGAUUUCUUUUUGAACGUGGGCAGAUGAUUCAGACCCACGUGCCCUUCAUAUGCUCUGUCUCUCCCCUUCCUAUCUCCUUUCUUUUGAAACAGAUUUAAGUCCAUCUACUUUUAUAUUUUCAAACAAAACCCAUAAAAGGGCCAUAAAUAUCAUGACUCGCUAAAAUGAAAGCUGUUUUCUUCUUCUCCCAGGAGACUCCUGCCUGAGAGAGAGACAGAAAGAGUUCACCUCUUUGAAAAUUUCCUCCUCUGUCGAAGUAAAGCUGGUAUCUAAAAGCAGCCUUCAAGGCUUUGUUCUUAUCAUCUUGACCUGGCUUUGUACUGGCUUCUCUCUGUAUUGCUUGUGGAAGUGUGAAGGACGGGGCUAGGGGAAGGAGUUUUGGCUAUCACUGGCAGAGCAAGGGUCAUGCUUGGAAAGGGAUUUCAUUGUGGUUUCAGAAAACAUUAUAAAACUGAGUGCAGUGGCAGAAAGAAUGAAGAAACUCAUUCCCCUCCUGGAUCAGACCAGUGAUCCACCCUUUGUGUCUCUGAUGUUGGCCAGAACCAGAUUCACCUCAGAAGAUAUAAAGAAAGUUUAAGUGGGUAAUUAUGGAAUAACCUGCCCUGAGUAAAAUUUUCUCCCCUUCUGGCCCAAAGCCCUCCUUCAUCUCUCCUCCUUGGUUAGAGUUCAACUCUAUGCCCUGAAGCAUGACGGCUUCUCUCCCUUCCAAACCGCUUUUCAUCCUGGCCUGUCUCAUGUAACUGCCUAUGACAGUGAUGGGAUGUAUAGGUCUUGUCCACUGAGAGUCUGUGACAGAUCAUAGCCUUAUUGGAAAGAGAGGCAGAGAGGCUGAAGAGAAGGCGAGGGAGGAGAGCAUAAACUCAGAUGAAAUAUCCAUCAGGAAGAUGGAAAGAAGAGUGAGUGCCCAGGAAACUAAUUGCUGCCUGCUGAUCUGGGCUGUGGAGAUAGCUUGCAAGUGAGCAUUUUUAGUUUUCAGAGAUUUCAGCCUGGAGCACACUAGGAAUGUCAACUCUUGGUUGAAAUUACUAAUCAUUAAUAUUUCCCUUUUUAUACAUAUAUUUUUAAAUUUUUUAAAGCUGUAGAAGUGUGAAGUAGUCCUAAGAAAACAAUUCCAUUAUAAUCUAAGGGUGCUUUUUCUUCCACUGCAGUUCACUACUCAUUUCUGAAAAGGUAUUGGCAUAAUUUGGGGCUCUUAGACACCGAACAUGGAUGAAAAUCAGGCUAUUUUUCUACUGCCCAAAAACUAUUUAGGAAUCCAAAGUUAGAUAUUCCUGCCUAGGUCCUUAUCCCUAUCACAGAGAGAUGGCUGCUCAUAAUCCUGAGUAGAGCAAAGCCCAGCUUCCGUGGAUUUGUUUGGCCAUCGCAUAGGGCAUCAAAAUUUAUGUGACAUAAUGCCAGAUGCCCCAAGGUAACGAUUAGAAUUGUUUAGCACAUGAAGGCUCUUGACUUUUUAGAUAUUAUCAACAUUAUCGCAGGUGAUAGCACUAUACCACAAAAAGUAUUAACAAACUUUCAAGGAUUGCUUAAAUGUAUUUUCCAGAUGGACACUUUCCAAUUGUAUGCGGGUUGAAUGACAGCUUUCACUUAUUUGUCAACAAUUCCUAGGGAGAGGGAAAGAAGAGCUAGGUUUUGGAUCGUAUCCAAGUCUCAGUAAUGAUUAAUUUCACUCCCAUAGUAUCCAUUGUUUCCCAUAUUCCUUUCCCUCAAAAGUGUGGCGAAGGGAUCUGGAGUUUUCCAAGUGAUGGGUGUUGAAAUCACACCCAGUCUCCUGGAUACCACGCUGAGGUAUUCAAAGCAUCCUGCUGGUGUUGGCUGAGCACAGGAGAUUGUUCAUUAAGAAAAAUGACUGUAUCAUUCAUACUGGGCACAGCUGCAGUGAGCAGCUCAGUGGCAGUGUUCAAGGCUCUGUAAUCUCCUGUUAGUUGCCACUUGCCAUUAGAUUUUUUUACUGGCCAUAAAGGAGAAUUGUAGGGGAAAUGAGACGUGACGAUAAUUCCCUGUUCUUCCAGCUCCUUUAUCAAUUCAGUAACAGGACAAAUAGCAGCAGAAGGUAAUGUGUAUUGUGGAAUAUUAACUGCCUUACUAUGGGGCAAAGGAGCAGCUGUUUGCAACAGAUUAGCAGUUAGAAAUGCAUCUGUAGGAGAUAAACUUGGGGACAGAAAGGGCGAUGUCCCUCUUUCCCAUUUUCCCCACAACUGACCCUUCAGUACAUCCUUGCCCAGUAUAUUAAGGGCACCCAAAAGUGAGGUCAGGUGGAUUGUCUGUCCCUUAGACAGAAUCAGCUUUGCCCUGACCAGAGGGUGGUUGGUGGGUUUCCCAUUAUGGCCUGCCAUAGAAACUUGACUGCUUGCAAAGCAGAGGCUGCCCUUUGUAAGUGUCCUUACGUACCAUGGAUAUCCAGAUUCCUGUGUCAGUGAGGAAUGUUUUAUGGUAGGGAGGGAUGAUUAAUUUGGGAGCAUCAUCUUGGGACUGAGAUCCUCAGCAGUGGGAGUAGCACCACCUUAGUUUCCUAAAUAUCCAGUCUAGGUUUAGUGCUGGUAGGUUUGGAUAUAUCCCUGAGCUUACAGCACUUGCAUGCUCUAUCCCUUUGAACCAUAUGGUGUCACCCCAUCUCCAAACACAGAUCCCAGAGGGUUAUGAGAAGUAAAUGAGGAAAACUUGUCUAUUGCCACAAAAGGAAAGUUGGCAUUUCAGAGACAGCUCUUUCCCUAAACAUAUUUUCCAUCAUCUUUUACACUCAGGAGUAACUGACCAGGUUUCUCAAUUUCUGCUUUUGUCUUUCACACGGAGGCAGGCUCGGCUCUUUUACAUUUUCUCUGGCUGAGGAUCUCUCUUGGUUUUUACCCUCUGGGAUGUAUAGUGGUAUAUCUGCCAGCCUACACUGAAGGACAUCUUGGAGAGUAAUACCGUUUAAACUCGUCUUAAUGGCCAGUGCUAAAGAUUUCCACACGCCCCCAGCUUCCAUUAGACACACAUCAGAAGUGUGCAGGCUCCCAAAUCACCUCCCAAGGAUGCAGUUCUGCUGGGAGGGGUUGUCAGGCUCCUGGAGCAAGGGGUGCUUUUCCUUCUAAUUCAGCUAAAAUCACUGUUUUCACCAUGGCUACAUAAAGGUCCUUUGGCUCUUCCUGGCCACCUGUCCUGUCUACCUGGCUCUGCUUCAAUCCAAUGCUGCUGCUUGCAGCACACAUCAGGCCUUAGCAUGAGCUGGGCUGGCCAAACCAGGAGCCUGAGUCCCAGAAAGGCCAGGGUCUUAAGCAAACAAACAAAACCAAACAAAAGGGCUUGGUUUUUUAUAUUAUUAUUAUUAUUAAUCAGGAAAUGUAGUGAUAGAAAGUGGGGUAACCAUUUUAAACUGAAAAAGUGUAGCUUUAUAUUAAAUAAUGGGGUAGAUUUAUAUUAAAUAUUGGGAAGAAAUUCCUUACUGUGAGGGUGGUGAGGCCCUGGCACAGGUUGCCCAGGGAAGUUGUGGAUGCCCCGCAUCUGGAAGUGUUCAAGGCCAGGUUGGAUGGGGCUCUGAGCAACCUGGUCUGAUGGAAAGGGGGGUGGGAACUGGAUGGCCUUUAUGGUCACAUCCAACCCAAAACAUUAUAUGGUUCUAUGACUGUUUUUUCUAUUCCACUUACAAAGUGCCACUUUGUAAGGGUGAUAAGAAUAUUAAUUCACUGAACUGACCUUAUACAUGUGUCCACAGCUUGGUCCGAUGAUGCUUACACACUGUAAGAUAAUCCCUUUUUUCUGUGGCAAAUCUCUCUUGUGUCGACAAUUAAGUACCCUUUAUAAUUCCAUUUUUUGCUAUGAUUACAGCAACAUAGCUAUUACAAAUGUAUAGAAAAUGUAAAUAACUUACCUAAUAUUUUUCCUAGCCACCUUUCUCCUUGCCUCUCCUUCAGUUAUGAAUGCCUUGGAGAAGAGAUCAUUCUUGCUUAGUGCCUGAAAAUGCCUGAGCUUCUAGAGGGAGCUACAGUAAAUAAAAAAAAAUUAUGCUGGAUUCUAUUUUCACUAAAAGAAAAAAAGAAAGGCAUGUUAUAACCCUGAUUUGGUGUGAUUAUACUGUAAAUAGGCCAUAAACAGUCAAAGGGAAAAUAACCUACAAUAUUCACACCUUUGAGAGACUGUGAGGUGGUAAUCACUAUUCUUCCCUGCUGUUCAAAAUAUUUUCCAAGUGUCCUCGAAACUGCAUUGGCAGCAGAAUGUGGCCCAAUUCAAGGGCUUUAAUGCUACUGCUAAGUAGAAAUUAUUUUUGUCCUCGAAAUUUUCAGUGGAAUAGUCUGUAUUUUGCAAAAGAAAAAGCAUAGUUAUUCACUGCAAAAGCACUAAGAAAAAAGGCAGAGACCAUCAGAAAUCUUUCUGACAAGACAAUUCCAUGUUUUUAAAAAAAAUAUUUGUGCAAUUAAGGAAAAAGUACAAAUGUUGAAUUUCAAAAAUAGGCAUGUUCCAUAUGAAGAUGACAGAGAAUUUCAGUGUUGCUUGCUGAAGUUAAUAGGGAGCAUAAUGUCCACUUUGUACAUGGGGAAACAGGAGCAGAGAUUUGCCUUCAGCUCAUUUUUUCUCUUUUCCCCAAGAACUGUUGCACUUUCCAUGCCACACACAGAACGGGCAUUUUAAAUGGGUGGUGUAGCUUACCUUUAAGACCACAACCCUUCUUUACAAGCAGCAUGGCUACCUCUGCCUGUCACAAUGCCACAGAAGAGCUCUGCCAGAGAAUCGUUCCAAAACCUUGCAGGGAGAUGCUGUGCUUUUCCUGCCCUUUGUGGUGAGAACGUUUUUCAUCUUACAUCCGUGCCCAUACUAAACACUUUAAAAUCUUUCACCAUUAUGACCUGUUAUUUCUCAGCAUCUUUUUGGGCUGAUAGAUAGCUAACGAUAUAGAUAUUUACUGUCACUACAUUAAUAUCCAGAGGUCUUAACUAGCACCAGGACCCACUGCAGCACAAUUCUAGUUGUUCUCACCCUAAAAGACUUGCAAGUUAAAUGAAUGAAACAGACACAGGCUGGGAGAAAGAGAUUGCAUCUGUAAGUGUGUUUGAGACCCAGAAACUGAGCCCAGUGUUGUACAUGGAUACUGCAGCAGCAGAAGUCUGCAGGAAAUUUCAAACGAUAGGGCUAAAUUCAUCUUGCUAACAAACAUUCUCCAUCAGCAAUCACUCACCUCUCUGUGGUGCAAUUAAACACUCACUGGCCUCCAGAGAGCACAAGCACAACUUUCUAAACUGGUGAUUAAGGCCUUUGUCUGUGAGGAGCAGACAUAUGUUUCAGGCCUUUUUCCACAGAGUGUGUGAUGUGAAAGAGUAUAGCAUUUAUCAGUGCAGGCUCUUCCCCUCCCAAGUCAUGGCUCCUGGCUGCUACCUUGCAAAGCAGCAGUGCUGUGCAUUUUUGGCCUAAAGAAUACUUAAAUAACCAUUUCAAAAGGAAAUAGUUGAUAUGAGACUCUUUAACAGAAUAAUCAACAGCACAGGGAAAGAGCCUGGCACUUCCUUGGAUGCAUUCAGAUUUUCUGAGUGAGUUAAAAUGCUGUCUUCUGAGAUGGCCUGAACACUGAGCUACUGAGUUGAAAAGGGCCCCCCUCUGCCUUUUGUCACCUGCUGCUUAUGGGCUGUGUCUUGUCUGUGGAUAAGGUUGGUGUUAGAACUGAGGUAACUUCAGGUCUGUGAGCACAGGCUGGGGAGAAAUUCCUCAUUGCAGUUUCAUGUUUAUCCAUCAUAACCCAGGGUAAUUGCAGACUGUCCCUAAAAUAUGCUGCUCUGAAUUUUGCAGUGCUUCAAUAAUCUUUUGGAUCUGGGUCACACUGAUGGUACAGGUGGUUUCAAAUAUAAAUACAGGCCAUCACAUGGAUGGGACAUACACCCCUGGCAAAACCGGGAGCUUUACCUGUGUUUUUCUGUUUGAGAAGUGAUUCAGAAACAAUCACAUUGGUUCUGGCUCUGUGUGGCAGAUUGCACUUGAGCAUGCAGCAGCCUCCUAGCCAGCAGAAAGCUGGGCUAAAUCACCCACUGGAAGUACAAGCCUGCUUUAGCAUUUAACACUUCCUUAGCAUUUAACAGUGAAACUCAGCAAAACGUCAGCUUUUAUUUUUGCGUUGUCCUAGGCUCAAAGGCUCCCAAGGCUCAAAAGAUUGCAAAUGCCUCUGGAGUAUCAAAGCUUCAAAUCCAAUGUAGCCUGGCUAUUAUUCCCUUCAGCAUGGGCAGUUACAGAGAUGGGAUGAAUGCUCCCCAGCUAGAUAAUUUAAAACCUGUGUUUAGCAUUAAUUCUGUCAGUUUGGAAAGCAGCAGCUUAUAACACAGGGUGAUGCAGUGCCCUGGGCUUCUGCUGGACUUGUACAUGGUAAUGGAAUGGGAGGGGUUGAGGUGAGAUUAGUGAAUGGGCAGAAGAACCCGCUCUGAGGGAAAGGUCUUGCCAAGAUUCAUGCAGGCAGUGGCAUCAGAAAGGUGCUGCAUGUGGCACGUUACAAUGGACACACUGAAAGUCUUCCUAUUCCCUUAUUCUACCAUAUGGACUGAGUUACUGUGAAAAUCAUGUUCCCUGCACAAAGGGGCAGAAUAAAAUACUGUUUGGCUUAAACCUAUUCCUGCUUGUGAAUGUAAAUUAAAUCUGUUCUCCUUCAAA